AAAAUAAAGAUGAUGUUAUUACUUCUGAAGAGGAUGCACCGAUUAGUUUUUUAAAACACCCAAUUAUAUGGAUAGAGAAUAUGAUAAGCGUUAUAGUGCGGACGGGAAGAGUGAAUUUGUUAUUGGUUUUUUUCAUCCCCGCCGUGCUCAUGAAACAUUAUGAUUCCAAUAAAGUGCUCUUGACUAUAUUUAAUUUUUUGGCGAUCGUGCCCUUAUCGAACUUGAUGACCACCGGUCUUGACGAUUUGACAGCUAGAAUUGGACCUGCAUACGCCUCAGUUCUCCACGCACUUUCCGGAAACUUUGUGGAGCUGUUUAUUGAAUGCUAUGCUUUGGCCGACAAGCGAUAUGCAAUCGUACGGUCUGCUAUAUUGGGAGCCAUCUUGUGUAGCAUUACUUUCGUCAGUGCCUCUC